GACUCGGUUGGGCGCAGGCGCAGCGGCUGGUAUCAGCCGGGCAGGCGCAUGCGCAGCACCGCCCUUUCCUGCCAGUCUCUCGGACGCACCACUCAAUCAACGUUCAAAGAUGGCUGAUCCUUCCGAUGUGGAUUUUGAGACUGGCCACUCUGGGGCUUCCACCACCUAUCCAAUGCAAUGCUCUGCUCUGCGCAAAAAUGGCUUUGUGGUGCUGAAAGGGCGUCCAUGCAAGAUUGUGGACAUGUCAACUUCUAAAACUGGCAAACAUGGCCAUGCCAAGGUUCACUUGGUUGGCAUUGAUCUGUUCACUGGCAGAAAGUAUGAGGACAUCUGCCCUUCCACCCAUAACAUGGAUGUUCCCAACAUCAGAAGAUCUGAUUAUCAGCUGAUUGGCAUUCUGGAUGGCUACCUGUCUCUGUUGGGUGAUGGUGGUGAGGUGCGUGAAGACCUGAAACUUCCUGAUUCAGACCUGGGCAAGGAUAUUGAACAACGUUACAAUGCUGGCGAGGAGACACUGAUCACUGUCCUCAGCGCCAUGAAUGAAGAAUCUGCUAUUGCUGCCAAGGUCAUGAGCAAGUAACUGCGACAUAGGAUACCGCUUCUGGUUUUUAAAAAAAAAACCCAGACCUGAGAGGCUAAAAGUGCGCUUUGGGAUUGAGAGACUUUUUAUUUCAGUGAGAAAAUGACAAAGUAUAAUUUAAUCAAAAACCAAAAAAAAAACAAAAAAAAUUUGCAAGCGAACACUAACUUUAUUUCAGAAACCCUGGCAAUAAAACAAGCCCCUCUGUAGACAUAAGCAAACGGGUUUUAUUUUGGAGCCCUGAUUCUUUUUACCCCACUGUUGCUGGGGAAACUUGGUGAGAUGAUUGUGUUCUGUCUGAGAAAGGCAUUGAAUUGAGUGGUGACCACCUCCUCUCCCCCCCCCCCCCCCCAACCCAGCCUUUGUCCUACUCCAAUCACCUCUCUUCCAAGUUUACAAACCACUCCCUAAUUACCAAUGGGAAUGGUGGCUUUACUUUUUUGAUUAUUUUCAUUUGGCUUCCAGUUCUUAGCUGUCAUCAUUCUGUACUGGUCUGUAUGUGUGGUCACUUUAGUCAAGGUUACUUCAUUCAUUGGCUAUACAUAGAUCUCACACGUGGUUUACUGUCCUGUCUUUUGCAGAGAGGAAUGUGGGACUUACAGAAUGUAGGUGUGAACUCUGAUGCUGUAGCAAGCCUGGUCUUUAUUUUUGGGGAGGGGUUUGAAUAGCCAGUGGGUAGUAGUUCAGCUGAAAUAAAGUGUGUGUUACCCCUGUGUUGUGGAAUUUUGUCUUGCCUUCACCUGUUUACACCAUCAGGGGGAGUUUUGAGGCUUGGGGCUGGAUUUCCUUCUUCGAAGUGGGAAAAGUCUGAAUUUUAAUAAGAAUUUGAGUUUUGAAAGGGCAGUGCCACUUUGUUUCAACGCAGGUCAAACAUUUUCUUUCUCUCACAUCCCACCCCUGCCCCUGCUUCCUUUGUUUUGUUUGCACCAGUUUUGAAGGUUAACUUUCCAUCCAUCCUGCCUCUGCUAUAAGAUUGAAUGUGGGAAGCAUAUGAGCAGAGGACCUGCUAAAGAGCAGCAAGUCACCUAACAGCUUGACUCUAACUCAGGGUUGAACUGCUUGGUAUGACUGUAAAUGGUGCUUGGUCCCCUUGGGGGGAUACCCCAGCCCCACUUCUCUCCCAGCCUUUAGUAGAAGGGGGAAGCUAGGCCUCUUCAAAUUGCUCCUACCGCCAUCAACCCUGUGUGCCCCCUCCCCCCUCCAAACAAGCAAAUCCUGUGCGCCAUAACAAUAUUGUGAAUCAGGAGGGGGUUGCUAUUAUAAGAACUUUCUCAUGAGGGGGUGCUGAGCCAUCAGACAUGGUGCUAUGAACCUUGUCUCAACUGUGUUGCUGAAUAGGCUCAGCUCUGUUCUCAAUGGGAAUCCCUGUUUUAAAUUCAAAAUAACCUUGCAAACAAUUAAACUGUGUACACCUAUUUGGCUUAAUUCCACCGCAUUUUAAAAGAAAAUAAACACACGUUUUGUUAUGCCUUGAAA